AUGGGCUCCAGGCACAGGGUCUGUGGUCCAGAAGAGGUAGUGAUCUCUUGUGCUUCUGACAGUGACUCAGGAAGUGUAGGUCUACAACUGGGCAACUUAGAAGACAUCAGGAAAGACCCAAAUGGCCUUGAACUUACAGGUGAAAAGGGCAAAGAUGGGGAGAGGGAUUCCACCUCCCCAUUUUCAUUCACUGUUGAUAGCCCUGGCCCGUUUCCAAAACUGACAGAGAUAUGCCCUGCUGCAGUGAUCUCUACUCAAUCGCCUGGGACACAGCCCUCAGUGCUCUUCCACAUACCAAUCAUGAGGCCUUACUUCAUGACCAUUACUGUCCUUCUGAUCCUGGUUGAGAAGACUCCAGGUGGCCUGUUUGGGUUCCCCAGCAGCAAGAGGCAAGUGCCUUGGGUUCCAUGUGAGCUUUACCAAGGCAUAUGCAGAAAUGCCGAUGGAACACGUGAAAUCCAGUACUUAACCCGCCCAAACAACCAAAAACGCUGCCUGAAAUUUCCCGUGAGCCAGCUUCUAACAGUGAAGGAGGAAUACCGCUCCAAGUCCAACUUGUCCGUCACAAAGACUUCAGGGUGCGCUCACAUUUGA